CCUUGCCCUUUUUUACGCCUUCUCCAAUCAUUAUCGGAAAAUAUUUAGACGAAUAGACAUGGGAAUGGGAGAAAAAACCUCUGCGCAACUCUAUCAAAAAGAUGAUCACAUUCAACCUCCCGAUCAAAGGUUGCAAGAGACUACAGCAGCGGGAGCCGAGGAUGCGUCUCCACCCGAAAGUACAGAAGGAAAGCCAAUACUCAACGGCGGUAUGGAAGCUUGGUUGAGUGUGGUGGCUGCCUUCUGCGUUUUUGUGAAUACCUGGGGCUUGAUCACCACGUUCGGCGCUUUCCAAGAGUAUUACCGCACCGUACUCCUGCGUGAGGAGUCAUCCUCCGCCAUCUCUUGGAUCGGCAGCAUCCAGGCUGCUCUGAUUGUUAUGGUCGGCAUGAUAGCGGGUCCGUUGGUAGAUUCAGGAUAUCUACGCGUACUGAUUGUGUGUGGUAGUUUCCUCAUCGUCUUCGGGAUGAUGAUGACUAGCAUUGCUACGGAGUACUACCAGGUACUCCUUUCACAAGCAUUCUGCGUCGGGCUAGGCGGAGGUGUCUCAUAUAUUCCAGCAAUAGUAGUUUUAUCCUCGUUAUUUACGACCAAGCGGCCAGUGGCCAUCGGCAUCGCAUCAAUUGGCUCUAGCGUCGGCGCAGUAAUAUUCCCCAUCAUGUUCCGCCGACUACAGCCAAAGAUCGGAUUCCCAUGGACCGUCCGCUGUAUCGGGUUCAUCAACCUGCUCAUGGUGACAGUGACAUGUGCGAUCCUAUGUCGAAAGCCGGGAAAGAAAACACGCGCGCGAAGCUUAAUCGAAUGGACAGCGUUCAAGCAGCCCGCAUUCAUGCUCCUAUCGCUAUCUCUGACAUGCGUGAUGCUCGCAUAUUACGUCCCGAUCUUCUAUGUCGCGACCUAUGCCCGGGUGAAGUUGCACACGGACACGAACCUGUCCUUCUACCUGGUGUCCAUCAUCAAUGGAGCCUCGGCAUUCGGGCGAACGGUCCCGUACCUGGCUGGCUCUCGCAUGAACCCGAUUUUCGUCCUGAUUUCUUGCACCGCCGCGUCGGCGGUCGCGAUGUUCACCUGGAUUGCAACCAGUAACACCGCAGGAUUCAUUGUCUGGGCCUGCUAUUGGGGUUUUCUGAGUGGAGUACUGGUCACCGCACCGACGUCCAUUGUCGCUCACCCUGUUUUCACACCGGAUAAGAACUACCUAGGCACUCGAACGGGGAUGAUGUGGGGAAUAAGCUCGAUUGGUUCGUUAGCUGGAGCGCCCAUUGCUGGAGCCUUAGUCGACCUUGAAAAUGCGAACUUUAUACGGUCACAGGCGUUUGCGGGCAGCUUGAUGGUAGCCGCUGCUCUCUUGCAAACAUGGCCGACAAUCGCUGCGUUCAGAUAUGAUCGAAAUAAAGGUCUAGAGGCCAAGUAGUGGGAGAGACGCAACCAGGAGACAGUUCUAUUAUUUCUCACCGUAUAUAAAGUCUACGGAACUAUCAUACCACUUAAUUUCGGAUCCAUCAUUACAAGGUCUAUGUACAUACAUCACCACCACAUAAAAUCAAUCUCGAUAAUUAAUAAAAAUAAUCUUACGCGGCUCUUGCAAAGUAAGUGAACCACGAAUCGUCUCCUUAUCCCGAUAAUAACCAUCAUAAACCCCGGUCCACAUAAACCGAUCCGCACACAUAGACUUAUCAAGCGUCUCCACGACAUCAUCAAGCGGCUUCCAAGGCUUCGUCAACGGUCAAUUACUAAAGUGACCAAGAUAUGCGCUCGGCCAUAGCAUUCCACUCCUCAUCCUUAUCUUCCGCCAUAUUCUGCUCACGGUCCGUACCCCGGAAUUCGCCCGUGAGCAAUGCCAAUCUAUGAUGGGGCAGAAAUCAUAGUCGAGUCUGAACAAGUGAUUCAGGACCUCCAUAUCAAAGUUGCCAGACG